AUGGUAAACAUCACAGAAAAGAUUAAGGAGAUUGAGGAGGAGAUGCGGAGGACCCAAAAAAACAAGGCGACAGAAUAUCAUCUGGGUCUUCUGAAGGGAAAGCUUGCUCGACUCCGCGCACAACUACUUGAGCCAACUCCUGGAUCUGGCAGUGGUGGUGGUGCUGGCUUCGAUGUCAGUAAAAGCGGCGAUGCUCGGAUAGCGUUGGUUGGCUUUCCCUCAGUCGGCAAGUCGACGUUCCUCUCCAAGGUCACAAAAACCAAGUCGGAAGUCGCCUCCUAUGCCUUCACAACCCUCACAGCCAUCCCUGGUGUGCUCGAGUAUGGCGGCGCCGAAAUCCAGCUGCUCGACUUGCCAGGUAUCAUUGAAGGGGCUGCCGAAGGCAAGGGUAGAGGGCGGCAAGUUAUCUCGGCAGCUAAGACAAGUGAUCUUAUCCUCAUGGUUCUGGAUGCGACAAAACGGACUGAGCAAAGAGCCUUGUUGGAGGCUGAAUUAGAAGCCGUUGGUAUUCGGUUGAAUAGGGAGCCUCCGAACAUCUACCUCAAACCAAAAAAGGCUGGCGGCAUGAAGAUCACUUUUCAAUCGCCACCCAAGAACCUUGAUGAGAAGAUGAUCCAAAACAUCCUUCGCGACUAUAAGCUUCUCAAUUGCGAAGUCUUGGUGCGCGACGAGAACGCGACAGUCGAUGAUCUGAUUGACGUGAUUAUGAAGGAUCACCGCAAGUACAUCAAGUGCUUGUACGUGUACAAUAAGAUCGAUGCGGUCUCGAUCGAGUACCUUGACCAGUUGGCCCGCGAGCCCAACACGGUUGUCAUGAGUUGCGAGCAGGACCUCGGCGUGCAAGACGUCAUCGACCGUUGCUGGAAGGAGCUCAACCUGAUUCGCAUCUACACGAAGCGCAAGGGUGUUGACCCCGAUUUCAACGAGGCACUUAUCGUGCGGGCCAACAGUACUAUUGAGGAUGUGUGUGACAGAAUCCAUCGCAAUCUCAAGGACACGUUUAAGUAUGCACUGGUGUGGGGUGCCAGCGCAAGACAUUGUCCUCAGAGAGUAGGCCUUGGGCAUGUGGUGGCUGAUGAGGAUGUCGUUUAUAUCUGCAGUGGGUGGAAGGCAUGA